ACGAAGGCUGUCCUCGUAAAAAACCACAUCAACUUCACAACCCAUCAUUCAAGCUCGUUCCAACUUUCACAAUGUCCAAGAUUCUUACUGUGUUCGGUGCGACCGGCAACCAGGGCGGCUCGGUAAUCCAGGCCGUCCUCGCCGACCCGGACCUAUCCAAACAAUUCAAGAUCCGCGGUGUCACCCGCGAUGCCUCCAAGCCAGCUGCCCAAAAACUAGCCGAUCAGGGCGUUGACCUAGUCGUGGCCGACAUGUCCUCAGUGUCAUCCGCCCUCCCCGCCAUCCAGGGCGCCGACACCGUAUUCUUCGUCACCAACUUCUGGGAGACCAUGAGCCGCGACACGGAAGUUGCCCAAGGGAAAGCCGUGACAGAUGCCUGUAAAGAAGCCGGUGUCAAGCAUCUCAUCUUCUCCUCUCUGCGCAAUGUCACCGAGAUCAGCGAGGGCCGCCUACCCAACGUGUCGCACUUUGACGGCAAGGCCGACAUCGAGGAGUAUAUCCGCGCCAGUGGGGUCCCUGCGACCUUUGUUCUCGCCGGACUGUUCAUGUCCAAUUUCUUUCAGAUGCUGAAUAAGCGGGAUGAUACCUAUACGCUGGCUUGGCCGGUUGACGUGGAUAAGGCGCAGGUGCCUUUGUUUGAUGUUGUUGGCGAUACGGGUAAAUUCGUCAAAGCGGCGCUCAAGCACUAUCCCGCGACGGUCGGACAGCGGAUCCUCGCAGCCACCGACUACUACACGCCCAGUCGCAUCGUGGAGGAGUUCCAGCAAGUUACCGGGUACAAGGCACAGGCUGUCACUAUCCCGGCCGAGAUUUUCAAGUCCUUCCUACCUCCGCCGAUCGCACAGGAGAUGCUGGAAAAUAUCCUCUUGUUGGAGGAGCCGGGGUACUAUGCUGGGGAGUCUCUAACGCCGUCUCAUGAACUCCUCGACAAGGAGGAUCAGCCUACUCAGUGGGAGGAGUUUGUCUCGCGGAACCAGGCAAAGUGGUAGAUAUGAUAGGCUAGGUGGAUAUAUUAAUGCAAUGUACAUUUUACUUUUG